GGACGCUUCAGCUGCACGGCAACGUGUGUGGUACAAUAAGAGCAUUCUUAAGGUACUAUCCUGGUACUAUACUUCCAGUUUUCUGAAGACUGUGCUUAUCUUCUGAAUCAAUGGCUAUUGUUGGUGGAACGUUCCGCAUGGUGUCAGAGGAAGAGCAGACGCUUAGGGCCAAACUGGAGCGUCUCACCGUCAAAGACCACGGGCCAGUGUUUGGACCUUGCGCCAAGCUCCCUGAUCACACCAUUCAGAAGGCUAAAGAUGAGCUGAAUGAGACAGAGGAGAAAAAAGUGUCAGCAGUGAAGGAACUGAAGGACAUCAUUAAAGAGAAGGCAGACAGCGGAGAUGACCUGGCCAAAGCGGUGCAGGAAACGUUCAUUGAGAAACCUGAUGCCGUGAUUAUUAGGUUCAUUCGGGCCCGAAAGUAUGAUGUGAAUAGGGCUUUUGAGCUCAUGAAGGGUUACGUGCGCUUCAGACGAGAUUACCCCGAGCUCUUUGAGAACUUAAGCCCAGAAGCUGUACGCAGCACCAUUGAAGCCGGAUACCCAGGGAUCCUCUCUAGCAGAGACAAACAUGGCCAUGUAGUGUUGCUCUUCAACAUUGAGAACUGGGACUAUGAAGAGAUCACCUUUGAUGAGAUCAUCAGAGCUUACUGUGUGAUCCUGGAGAAGUUGCUGGAGAAUGAGGAGACUCAGAUCAAUGGCUUCUGCAUCAUUGAGAACUUUAAAGGCUUCACCAUGCAGCAGGCAUCCAGUAUCAAGCCCUCAGAACUGAAGAAAAUGGUAGACAUGUUGCAGGACUCUUUUCCUGCUCGCUUUAAAGCAGUGCACUUCAUCCACCAGCCCUGGUAUUUCACUACCACCUAUAAUGUGGUCAAACCAUUGUUGAAGAGCAAACUCCUGGAGAGGGUGUUUGUCCAUGGAGAGGAGCUGGAGAGCUACUACAAGGAGUUUGAUCCUGAAAUCCUGCCGGCAGAGUUUGAAGGGAAGGGUCCCAACUAUGAUGGCAAGGCAACAGCUGCAAAACUUUUUGACUGAAAAAUACAACUGUCAUGAAAAAAAUGUGUAUGUUUUAGUAUUACAGCAUAGAGAAUAAGUAUGUGAAAAUUUGUUUGUAAGUCAUAUCCAAUGUGGACUAUGUGUAAAAUGACAUAUUGUUGUGGCAGAAAAAUAAUCUGAUUACAUAAAAUGUCCUAUGUUCGUGAAUGUUGAUAUAAUUGGCCUGAGGGAAUCAUGCAAUUAUGUAAUAUCAGUGCUGAGGAAUUGACAUCAUUUAAAAGUAAGGACAAAAAAAAUCAUUUAAAAAUAGUUUAAUUUGCUUGAGCAUUUUUAACAAUAUAUUUGUGUACCUGGUGUACACACCAUUAUUAAGGUUGUUUCAUAGCACAAUAAGAUAUUAACAGUUCACACUACAAGAAUAUGUAGCCAUAUUUACAUCAAGAUAUCUGUAUCAGUGUAAAUGACUUGGGAUGGUCAAAGAUGCUUGAUGCAUUUAACUCUCCACUAUCCAGUUUGAUUUAUUGCUGAAUGAUGUAGAUUGUAAUCACAUUCAAGAAAAAAAAAAAAAAAAAAACGUUACUGUCAUAUGGUACUUAUUGAACUGUCUUUUCUGGGUCUUAAAUCCAUUGUAAUUAGCUAAAUGUACAUCAGCACAAAAUAUUGACCCUAUCAUGUUAUCUACUUAAGGUUCAGAGUCAAAAAUUAAUCCAUUUAAUAAUUUACAUCUUGCUCUAUGCAAAGAAUAAAACAUGACAGGGUGUGCUGUUAUAGGAAAAUAAUCAACAGUGAGGUGGUGUGAUGAAACAGAGUUACUGUUACA